AUGUCUCUUUCUUUCCGGUUGGUGUCUGCCACUGGCCCACUGCCUGCCAUGCUCGUUUUCCCCCGUCCACCACCGCCUCAUCCGAACCCACAAUACAUUUUGCCAAUUGACUCGCUUCUCCCGGCUGAAAACAAAACGGAAAAGCGGACGACGAGCAAGGAAAGCGGACUUGUUUCUCCGUUAUUGAUCGGGAUAGCAUUGUCAUCCUCCCGUCAAUGCCUCAUCCUGCUGCUCCACGCCGUUGGCUGUGUACGUCCCGCGUGGCUUGCGAGCAUAAUCACUGCUGCUAUCUUUGGGAACACCAAAGCCGAGAGGCAUAGCAAAGCUAUUGACGGAUCUCAGCCACGCAGAGCGCCACCGUCGUCGUCCUCCUCCGCCUCUCUCGGCCAUCGUCCUCGUAACCGUCGACCUUACGGCUGCCGCUCGAGCCUAGCCACAUAUCCACACGUCUCGAGCGUGCCCAUCCCAAUUGGAAAUGUUGCCUCUCUCUCGGCAUCGGAUUCUUCGACGGUUCCUGCACGGUUUUCUCUGCUUUGGAACAUACGUACACUUCAGCUGCGUUUAGCGUGGCCGUCCAGCGUUUUGUCCUGCAGGGUGCUCACGGUGCUAGUGCUUGAUGGCCACGGUCAAAUCAUCGCCCAGACAGCAGGCUACCUCGGAAUUCCUGAUCUUUCCCAAGAUGGGAUCAUGAUCCCCGGUAUCCCCAGUCUCAGACAUGCAGGCUUGCCAGAGGGGCAGGUAGGGAGAGCUUUCCGCUUUGCCAAUGCCGACCAUCCAGCCUGUCACGCCUCUGGCCACCAUCGAUUGGGCCUAGUUGCUAGAGUCUACUGCGUACAAGUAGAAGCACACCUCCUUCACGACUGGGAGUCUGGCACUCGCGCAUUCUGGGAUGUCUGGGAUAUCCGAACAUGGGUCUCCCCUCCCCAGCUUCGACCUUGGCCGGGGUACGUAGCAUCAAGUCUCGGAGUGCCACCCGUGCCCUCUCGCCCAAACGAAAGGAGGCGAAAACGGGGAAAGGAAUCCCAUCAUCGCACCGCCCACGCCGCGAGUACGGUGUACGGAGUACCUCCCCUUGCCUACCACAACACACCAACGCGCCAAGUAUUCUUGGUGCUAGGCUUGCGUGCCCGACGUUUGGUGGAGGAUUCUUGUGGUGGUGCCUGGCCUCUCUCGGCGUGA